GUGCGAUUGUACUACAAAGCUUCCUGCACGUUGCCUCCCCGGCCCUCCCCAUUCAUUCAUUCACAACUCUGCCUCAGUAUGGCUUCGCUGAACACUUCGACAAAUGGCCCGUCCAUCAAAUCCUCAUACCAGGGCGUGGUCAACUCUGCAGCCCCCUCCGGCCCCGCGGCAAGCUCCCCGACUUAUGGACAGUGGGCAGUCUUCUCCGUCUCUGCGCCGUUGGUGAAUGCCUUCCAGCAAGAUAGUGGGGGCAAGGAGAGUGUGCUGAAGGUCCAGAGCACUGGAGAGGGGGAGCUUGUUGAUCUCAUUGAAGAUUUCUCAGAAGGACGGGUGCAGUUUGCCUUUGUAAAGGUCAAGGAUCCAAAUACUACACUGCCGAAAUAUGUCUUGAUUGGAUGGUGUGGGGAAGGUGUGCCCGAGAGAACGAAGGGGUAUUUUACCAGCCAUCUAGCUGCAGUUUCUAAGAUUCUCCACGGUUAUCAUGUCCAAAUUACUGCUCGAUCUGAUCGUGACCUCACCCCAGAGGGCAUAGUCCAGAAGGUAGCAGAUGCAUCGGGUGCGAAGUACUCGGCCGGUAGCGCUGCUCUUUCAACAUCCUCUGGACCUCCACCUCCUGUGGCCUCGAAGCCAGCUUUCAACCCUACACGAUCCACAGCAGCCUCUGGUUUCAAUCCAUUAGCGAGUUCACGGGCAAGACAGAACGAUCCAAGUGUGGAUGAGGAUGGUUGGGGCGCAGACGCGCCUCCGGUUGUCAGAUCACAGCUCGAGAAGGUUGCGCCUGCAUACAAGCCGACCAAGGUCAACAUGGCGGAAUUAACGAAGCAAAAUCCCGAGCCACUGAAGUUUAGCAACCGCAGAGACGAACAGAGCGACACAGGAGAUGUUGUCAAAGGUGGAUAUCAACCCAUUGGAAAAGUUGAUAUUGCAGCGAUUCGUGCUCAGGCACAAAAAUCAACAGAUGACAGACCUACAAUAGUCAAGGGCGCGUAUGAGCCGGUUGGCAAGGUGGACAUUGCAGCGAUUCGAGCCAGAGCGCAGAAGCCAGGUGACGAUGGAGCCCGACAACUCUCACCAGCAGCCACAGGAACUUCUGCAGCAAGCAAUACCAGCGAUGAGACCAGAUCCAAAUCCCUUGCGGAAAGGUCUGCUGCAUUCUCCCAAUCGGAACGACUUACCUCCUUGCCAAAGCCUAAAGUUGCUAAUAAGUUCGGAUCGGGUGCUGCAAGCUUUACCGGUACAAAGGCACCAACUCCUGGUAUCUUCGGUCUCCAAUCCUCACCUGUCACCGCCGCCUCACCCCCAGUUAGUGCGGCGAGUCGAACAUUUGCGGAUGAAGGCGGAAAGACCCCAGCUCAGAUUUGGGCGGAGAAGAAGGCGCGCGAAAGAGGUUAUAGCGGAGCGGGCAAUAUUCCUCCCAGUGCGACAUCGCCAAUUGCGAGUCAAACGAGUGGGGGCGGAGAGUGGAAGAGUGGAUACAGCGGAAAGUCUUGGGCGCCUGUUGCCACGAAUGCUACCGGGCGCUCUGCUACUGGCAGUAUUGGUCAACAGCGAACAGGAGAAGAGGAGGAGGCCCCAUCAUCACCAGCUGGUGGUAUUGGUGCCCUGAGAGAUCGUUUCAGGGGCGGUGCACCAAUGGGCGCACCCAGUAUUCCCAGAGCGACCACUGGAGAUGCGUCGCCGCCUCCACCACCUAUCAACCAAUCAAGCCGACCAACUGGGGGUGUUCCCAUGCCGGGUCUACCUUCAAGGCCUCGUCCGGAUGAUGACGAAGAUGGACCCAAUAUCCCACCACCACCUCGCGUUCAACGCAGUCCAACUCCCGAAGAGCGUGACACUUCCCCUGUCCGAAUUGCCAUGCCAGUUGCUCGAGGCAGAGAUACGGAGAUGGAGGCACCAGAAGAGCGUAACCCACCACCAGCUCUCCCAUCGUCGAUAGGACGUGGUGUACCUGAGGAGGAAGAGCUCACUGAAGAGCCAGCCGGUCACGAUCCCGCUCGAGGAGCAGGAACCGCUGUGGCUGAAGCCUCUUUCGGCCACAAUGCAGCUACAAAUGCAAAUCAAGGAUCUCACGCCAGUGGGAAGCGGGCUUUGAUUCAAUAUGACUACGAGAAGGCUGAAGAUAACGAGCUGGAACUCACAGAAGGCGAUUAUGUCACGAAUAUUGAGAUGGUAGACGAGGAUUGGUGGAUGGGCACAAAUUCCAAGGGCGAGAGUGGUCUCUUUCCAAGCAAUUAUGUCGAGCUAGUAGAGGAGGAGGAAGCUCCAGCUCCAGCAGCUCAAAUUUCCGAGCCUUCCGCACCACCUACUGCUCCUAGACCCGCUGCUGUACCAGCUGCACCUUCGGGACCUACUGCCACUGCGAUCUACGACUAUGAGGCUGCUGAGGACAACGAAUUGAGUUUUGAUGAAGGGGCUACUAUAACUGGGCUGGAAUUUCCGGAUGAAGAUUGGUGGUUUGGUCAUUUCCGAGGAAAAUCAGGUCUCUUCCCGGCCAAUUAUGUACAACUUGAUGAAUGAAUGUAGUGCGGUGCAUAGAUUUGCAGGUUUUAAGUGGGCUGAUUGAUGAAGAACAACAAAAGCACAAUAUCCAAGAAUGAAGCAUUUGAGAUGCACCGAUGAUAAGGGUCGGGCUGGCGAAGCUUGUAGGCUACAUAGUCAAGCAGACUUCUCACCCUAUUGUCUCCUUUAAAGCAAGUGAAAUUUUGAUUGUUAAGAUUCUAUUAUGACGAUAUCUUGAAUACCUGUAUGUGGUUAGAAGUAGAGGAGAGAGCGGCAUACGGUAGCUGAGAGUUAGGAUAGGGGGCUAUGUAAACUUGCGGGAAGUCGAAAGUUGAGCGGCCAUGGGGUAAUCGGCACAUCUAGGAAGUAGAGCAAUUAUCCAUGUCUUGGUACCUGAUUCAAGAGGCAAUUCGCCCUUACUGUCUCCAUAUGACCUAUCUGUAUAGGUACAAUUGAAACCACUUAAGGGACGAAAC